AUGAGCUUGAAACUAAGUUCAUCAAAUAAACAAGCUUUUGUCUGCACUUAUGUUAUGGCCUCUCAAUCUUGUCCUGAGAUUUUCAUGGCUAUUGUGUUUAUAACAACCGUGCUUUCGCUUGCGGCAUCCCGACAAAAUACAGUCGAAGACAGCUGCAAAUUCACAUCGACGAAAGAUUUAUGCGACACGGCAUUAUUUCCCGAUUCGUGUCACAAUAGCCUCACUAACUUACCUACUCGAAAUCUCCUUCGCACGAUCUUCGAGCGAUCGGCCCAUAAGGCGCUAACCGCAGUUUCGAAAGCUUCGUCCCAUUUUUCCACACGUGGAGCGAUAAGAAAACUCGUCGCGGAUAGAAUGCGUGUAGACGAAAAGCUAUCGAUUUCUGCGCUCAAAAGCUGCGCGACUCUUCUUUCGCUCGCGAUCGAAAACAUCAACGACUCGCUCUCGACGAGCAAACGAGCAUCGUUUUUUUCAUCUCGUGGGGCCCGCGUGGACGUAAUGACUUGGAUGAGUGCCGCGGGAACCGACCUCCGGACAUGCAUGGACGAAUUCCAAGGAUUUAGUCACGACGUGAAAAAGUUCGCACGCGAAGAAUUGGAUAAAUCGACCGAAUAUAUUAGCAAUAGUCUAGCCAUCGUGACUAGACUCGAUUCGUGUCUAGGUUCGACGAAAGUCGUCAAUUGGGUCGACGAGACGAAAAAUCUUCUCGAUGCGAACACGACCGAAAUAAAGAUCAAUUUAGUUGUCGCGCAAGAUAGCACGGGGAAUUUCACCGCGAUAAGCGAUGCAUUGAAAACCGUGCCCGACCGAAGUCUUAAUCGGUUCGUCAUAUACGUCAAGAAAGGGACUUACUACGAAAACGUGCGAGUCGAGAAGUCCCAGUGGAACGUUAUGAUGAUCGGCGAGGGAAUGGAGCAAACCGUGGUUUCGGGCAACUUGAGCUAUGCCGGUGGAACAAAGACGUUUAUGACCGCUACGUUCGCUGUCUUCGGCAGAGGAUUCGUGGCCCGACAAAUGGCCUUCCGAAACACGGCACCGGCCUCACAAGCUGUGGCCUUACUCUCGACCUCUGACAAAUCGGUCUUCUUCCAAUGCCUCGUCGAGAGCAAACAAGACACACUCUACGUGCACUCCAAACGACAAUUCUACCGCGAAUGCACCAUAAUCGGGACAAUGGACUUCAUAUUCGGAAACUCGGCUACCGUCAUCCAAACGAGCCUCAUACUCCUCAAGAACCCUUCCCCCGGACGAACAAACGUAAUAACGGCCCAAGGAAAAUCCGACCCGAACGAAAACACGGGCUUUUCGGUGCACAACUGCACGAUCCGAGCCGCCGGGGAAAAAGGUCUUGGUGGGGCCCACGCAUUUUUGGGGAGGCCGUGGAGGGAUUACUCGACGGUCGUUUUCAUGCAGACGUAUAUAGACGGGUCGGUCGACUCGGAAGGAUGGCUGGCAUGGGAUUCGACCCGGCCCGGCCCGAACACGGUUUUCUAUGGAGAAUAUGGUAAUUCGGGCCCGGGAGCGAAUACGAGUGGGAGGGUUAAGUGGGCUGGGGUGAAGGUUGAGCUCGGCGAGAGUGAAGCGGAGAAGUUUACGGUUGGUGGGCUUAUCGGGGGACAAGAAUGGCUGCCGGAAUCCGGUGUCCCUUUCGGGUUAGGCCUGCUUAAAGGAAAGAGUAAUGAGAAGUGA